UGCUUUGAUAUUUGAAAGUUUUGAGAAAUUAUAAACUAAAUUUUUAUUGAAAAAAUGUGGAUUUCAAGAAAAUUUUUAUUUUCAAAAUCAACUACCCCUAUCAAAAGUUUGUUGCCAUUAAUAUUAAAUGGUAGAACAUAUUCUAGUCCAAAUGCAAAUACAGAAGACUCAACCACACAUUUCGGAUUCCAAACAGUUAAGGAAAGUGAAAAAGAUAAAAAAGUUCACAAGGUUUUUGAAGAAGUGGCUACAUCUUAUGAUUUAAUGAAUGAUGUGAUGUCUGCUGGUUUACAUAGAAUUUGGAAAGAUAUUUUUAUGGAUCGUUUGCAUCCAACACCUGGAACUAGACUCUUAGAUAUGGCUGGUGGAACAGGAGAUAUUGCUUUUCGUUAUAUAAAAUAUUUAAACAACUUACCAUUUAAUAAUCAAAUUAGUCAUGUUACUAUUUCUGAUAUAAAUCAAAAUAUGUUAAAUGUUGGGAAAUCUAGAUCAGAAAAAUUAGGAUAUAAUCAAAAAAAUUUUAAAAACAUAAAUAUUGAUUGGGUGUGUGCUGAUGCUGAAAAAUUACCAUUUGAAAAUGAAACAUUUACUGCAUAUACGAUAGCAUUUGGCAUAAGAAAUUGUACUCGGAUUGAUAAAGUUCUGCAAGAAGCUUACCGCGUACUUAAACCAGGUGGACGAUUUAUGUGCCUAGAAUUUAGUCAUUUGACUAAUUCAACUUUUCAAUGGAUAUAUGAUCAAUAUUCAUUUCAAGUGAUACCGCCGAUGGGUCAAAUAUUAGCUGGAACAUGGGAACCAUAUCAGUAUUUAGUUGAAAGUAUAAGACAAUUUCCAAAACAAGAAGAUUUUAAACAAAUGAUUAAAAAUGCUGGGUUUUUUGGUACCAAUUAUGAAAAUUUAUCAUUUGGAAUAGUUUCAAUUCAUUCAGGAUUUAAAUUAUAAUACAUAAUAAAGUAGCAUAUUGAAAGCAGAAAUUUGUACAAGAUUUAAUAUGUGCAUAGGUAUUUAUUAAUAUUUACAUGAAAAAUUUUGAUACAUAAUGGUACCUGUGUAUUUUCAAUUAAAAUAUUAAUUCAAAAAUAUUCAGUUUUUUAAAUAAUUUUUAUUAAAAAUCAUUUAUAUAUUAUAAUAUUAUAGUGUAUACAUCAACAUUAAUAAU